CAGAACAGAGUGUUCUGAACAUAACUCCAAGUAGAAGAGCCUCAGGCUGAAGGUACAGUAUCUUGUUUACACUGAAGGAGCCUGUGUGUGGACAAGAAAGCGCUGACAGCUCAAAUGGAUCCCAUGGAACUGAGCAAUGUCAACAUCGAACCUGAUGAUGAGAGCAUCAGUGGAGAAAGUAUUCAAGAUAGCUACACCGGGAUGGGAAAUUUAGAAAAGGCAGCAAUGAGCAGUCAAUUUACUAAUGAAGAUGCUGAAAGUCAGAAAUUUCUGACAAAUGGAUUUUUGGGGAAAAAGAAGCUGGCAGAUUACGGCGAUGAACAUCAUCCUGGAACCACCUCCUUUGGAAUGUCUUCAUUCAAUCUGAGUAAUGCCAUCAUGGGCAGUGGAAUCCUGGGCCUGUCCUAUGCCAUGGCCAACACAGGGAUCAUCCUUUUUAUAAUCAUGCUGCUUGCCGUGGCAAUCCUAUCUCUCUAUUCAGUUCAUCUUUUAUUAAAGACUGCAAAGGAAGGAGGAUCUUUAAUUUAUGAAAAACUAGGUGAAAAGGCAUUUGGAUGGCCUGGGAAAAUCGGAGCUUUUAUUUCCAUUACAAUGCAGAACAUUGGAGCCAUGUCAAGCUACCUCUUCAUUAUUAAAUACGAACUACCUGAAGUAAUCAGAGCGUUCAUGGGACUUGAAGAAAAUACUGGAGAAUGGUAUGUCAAUGGCAACUACCUCGUCAUAUUUGUAUCAGUUGGAAUCAUUCUCCCACUUUCUCUUCUUAAAAAUUUAGGUUACCUUGGUUAUACCAGUGGAUUUUCUCUUACCUGCAUGGUGUUUUUUGUCAGUGUGGUGAUUUACAAGAAAUUCCAAAUACCCUGCCCUCUGCCUGUUCUGGAUCACAAUGUUGGGAAUCUGACAUUCAACAGUACAGUUCCAAUGCACGUGAUGAUGUUACCCAACAACUCUGAGAGUAGUGAUGUGAACUUCAUGAUGGAUUACACCCACCAGAAUCCUGCAGAGCUAGAUGAGAAACAGGCCAAGGGCUCUAUUCAUGGCAGUGGAGUAGAGUAUGAAGCACACAGUGAUGACAAGUGUCAGCCCAAAUACUUUGUAUUCAACUCCCGGACGGCCUAUGCAAUUCCCAUCCUAGCAUUUGCUUUUGUAUGCCACCCUGAGGUCCUUCCCAUCUACAGUGAACUCAAAGAUCGGUCCCGAAGGAAGAUGCAAACAGUGUCAAAUGUUUCCAUCACGGGUAUGCUCGUCAUGUACCUGCUUGCUGCCCUCUUCGGUUACCUAACAUUUUAUGGAGAAGUUGAAGAUGAAUUGCUUCAUGCUUACAGCAAAGUGUACACAUUUGACACCCCUCUCCUCAUGGUACGCCUGGCCGUCCUGGUGGCUGUAACACUAACUGUGCCCAUAGUGCUGUUCCCUAUUCGUACAUCAGUGACCACAUUGUUAUUUCCCAAAAGACCCUUCAGCUGGAUAAGACAUUUCCUGAUUGCAGCCAUACUUAUUGCACUUAAUAAUGUUUUGGUCAUCCUGGUGCCAACUAUAAAAUACAUCUUUGGAUUCAUAGGGGCUUCUUCUGCCACUAUGCUGAUUUUCAUUCUUCCAGCAGUUUUUUAUCUUAAACUUGUCAAGAAAGAACCUCUUAGAUCACCCCAAAAGGUCGGGGCUUUAAUUUUCCUUGUGGUUGGAAUCAUCUUUAUGAUUGGAAGCAUGGCACUCAUUAUAAUUGACUGGAUUUACAAUCCCCCAAAUUCCAAGCAUCACUAACCCAAGGAAAAAUACUGUAUUUUCCUGUUGGAGAUAGUUGCAAAUUAUGCUCCCAAAGACUUUUGAGUUAUCUCGAUUGGAAUGUUAUUCACAGGAAAUAACAGGAAGAUUCCAGAGAUGUUUACCAGCAAUACCACCAGGCACCUGCAGAAGAGGAAAUCAUCAUUUUCGUCACAAAUGGCUGUUUGUGUGUUUAAAAUCUGUGGUGCACAUUUCUACCCAGGUUUUACUAGAGCAGUGUGAGAUGAUGUAUUUUGGCUUCUGCACAAGCAGAAUAAGGGUAGCUGCAUGAUAAUACCCUCUUCCCUCUCCUCCCACCUUCUCCCCCCCCACAAAAGUACCAAAUUCCUGUAUUCUCAGAACAUCAAACAAAAAUGCCUUGGUGGCAAAGCUAUUACCAUUUAAUGCCUUCCCUCAAUCUUGCACCAAAUACUCUGGGUGUAUUUAAUAACAGAGGCAAAAGGCAUGUUUUAUGAACUGUCUCUGUACAGUACAUGAGACAACAGGCUAGAACAUCUUACGGUCAACACUAAAGGAAUAUUUUGCCCAUCCUGUUUGUGACAUUGAAUUAGUGACUUCUUCAUUCAGUAGAUCUUUUGUAAAUGUUAAAACAUCU